AGCGGACGGGGAACAAAAGCCGCUCGAAGAGUUGGAGAACAGGCAGGAGAGCUGCUGCAUGUGAGCUCCACACCGCAGGGUAAAGAUCCCAGACUGAGUGCGGAGGCGAAACUCCUGGGAGGCGGAUGAAGAAACAGCUUUUGCUUCGCUUCACUUACAGAGGACUCGUGAGAAAAGGGAAAAAGAGUAAAAGAAGAAAAUGGCCAGUUUUAACUUACGCAAAGCGGAGCCCAAAGACGUGCCUGACAUACUGCGACUCAUAAAGGAACUGGCCAGAUACGAGGAAAUGGAAGACCAAGUAAAGUUGACUGAGAAAGAUCUGCUUGAGGAUGGGUUUGGAGAUCACCCCUUCUACCACUGUGUUGUGGCAGAAGUCCCCACCGAGCAUCAGAAAGCCGAGGGUUAUUCUGUGAUUGGCUUUGCCAUGUACUACUUCACAUAUGACCCAUGGAUUGGAAAGCUGCUCUAUCUUGAGGACUUCUUUGUGAUGAAAGAAUACAGGGGUUUUGGAAUUGGGUCUGAAAUCCUAAAAAAGCUCAGUGAAACAGCAGUGAAGACUCGCUGCAGCAGCAUGCACUUCAUUGUGGCCGAGUCCAACCAAGCUUCCAUCAACUUCUACAAGCGACGUGGGGCCUUGGACCUGUCUCUGGAGGAGGGCUGGCGUCUCUUCAGGAUCGACAAGCAGAAUCUUCUUAAGCUGUCUGCCGAGGAGUGAGCUGGCCCAGUACACUGGAGUCCACGGAGGGGCUGAGGGGACAUGACAUACCCACGUGUCUCAGUCCAAAACAUUUGCAUUUACCAAACUAAUGAUCAACUAGUACAGUAAUUGAAGUAUAGCUAGCACUUUGAAUUUGACUGAAUAUAAUCUUAUUGUAUUUUGUAGUGCUCUAAUUAUCUACUUAAUUACUAUCUCUUGUCAGCAAAUGUAUGUUUUAAACAUUAAAAAAGGGUGGAAAAAAGACA